AAAUUGUGCACGAAGAAAAAAUUAGUACUGAAAAUAUUACAAAAUAAUGGAAGAAAGUGACAAUAAUUCCCAUGUUGCAGGCUUGCUUGCCUAUCAUUUAGUUAAUCUAGUUCUUCAGGAAGGUUGCAUGAUUGCAAACGCCGCCUUAGAGUCGGGACGUCCUCGUGAAUAUUUGUCAACAAGAGUGAACGCCGUAAGGUCAGAUUUGACGUUCGUAAUUCGUGCGGGCGAAGACGCCACACAUGUCGACCCCGUGGCCGAUAACUUCAUCGAGGGGGCUGAUAAUGCUAAGAUGGAGUUGGAACCAAAUGUCUUGAUGACGUCCACACCGCAAAAAGUUACUGACGAUAAACCUAAAAAAGAAAAUGGGCAAGGAGACGACUAUACAGAGGACCAACAACACGAGUUGAACAACUCUACAUCUCUAUUCAUAAAUCAGUUGUUUGACAUAAGUGACGUGGAAUUAGGAAUUAGCGACCAUGCAAGUCAUGCACAGAACACUGAAUACAACGAAUUAUUACCUUUCUCUAUAAGAAAUGUAAUGGAUUUUUACAUGAACGCCGCACUUGAUGCGUUCCUUGUAACAGAAGAAAGAGAGAGAGAGCCUAUAGAGAAACGAGUUAGGAUUUCAGGAAAUUCUUCCUUUUCUUACAUCGAAGAAGCACUAGAAGAUUAUGAGAAUGACAUAGUGUUCUACGUAGAUAAUGACGAUUCACCAUGCACGGAAAAUGUUUAUCAGAUACCGCAAGAUCCAAUGACGUCACAAAUGGCAUUACAGUGUGAUCUUGAAAACAAGAACGAAAAUUCGGAAUUAUAUGAAAAUACGUAUCUUACUCUGAACCGUGAUUACGAUCAAUGCUCCGACGAAGAGGAGUUUCCUAUACUACAAGAUCCCAAGGGAAUGUUGAUGCAAGAAAUCGCAUUGCUCACAGCAAAUACUUCUAUCGAUACUGGCCGCUCGUACGACGAACCCAAGGAAGACAUACAUAACGAUCAUAAGAAGCCGCGGGAAGAGUUAGCCGGCGUUUCUACGAGUUCCCGCAAAAGUAAACUCGUUCGUCGGUGGCGCCUGCAGGGUGCCAGAUUCUUGGCCUGCAUCCGGGGCUGGUGGCGACGCAAAGCUACUGGAAAACGCAAGGCAGCGGGAUCGCCUAGUCAGCGGCCUCUGUCGCCAGGUGUGCGGCGCCGAGCCGCCAGCCUGCUGGACCAGCGCGUGUCUUCCACCGUGCUGCCCGGCCACGCCAAGUGCAACACCAUCAACGAGGCACUCCUCAACUCCCAGCACUGGAUGGACUAUACCUUCGAAACUAAACCUAAUGAUUGUGGUGAUGUCUAAUAGCCUCUGCCGUGAGAUUUAAAUUUUAUUUAUUUACAUAUAUUAAAUGAUACGAAUCCCAACGUCUUCUAAAUA